AUGGCGGCCUCCACGGGUCGCUGGCCUCUCCUCUUCCUCGUGCUGCUCGGCGCCCACGGGAACACACACGCUGACCUCGGCUCGGGGGUCUCCCGCGAUGACGACCUGCUGCUGCCCUACUCCCGCGCGCGCGUGCGCUCGCCCCGGGACUGCGCGCCCGUGCGCACGGGCAUCCGCGAGCACGAGACCUGGCCGCCUGCCCGCGCGACCCCAAACGCUGGCACCGUGUCCGUGCGCACCUUCGUGUCGUACUUCGCAGGCCGCGCGGUGGCUGGCCACUUGACCCGGGCCACCGCACCCCUGCGCACCUUCUCCGUGCUGGAGCCCGGCGGGCCCGGUGGCUGCAAGGCGAGACAGCGGGCUACCGUGGAGGAGACUGCGAGGACGGCGGCCUGCCAGGUUGCUCAGAACGGUGGUUUCUUCCGCAUGGAGACUGGAGAGUGCCUGGGGAGCGUGGUGAGCGAUGGGCGUCUGGUGAGCAGCUCCCAGGGGCUGCAGAACGCGCAGUUCGGGAUCCGCCGCGAUGGGACCUUGGUUACCGGGUACCUGUCUGAAGAGGAGGUGUUAAACACUGAGAAUCCAUUUGUGCAGUUGGUAAGCGGCGUGGUGUGGCUUAUUCGCAAUGGGAGCACCUAUAUCAACGAGAGCCUGGCCACCGAGUGUGAUCAGACACAGGAGACAGGUUCCUUCAGCAAAUUUGUGAAUGUGAUUUCGGCCAGGACAGCCAUAGGCCAUGACUGGGAGGGGAAGGUGGUGCUCUUCCACGCUGACGGACAGACGGAGCAGCGGGGCAUCAGCCUGUGGGAGAUGGCGGAGUUCCUGCUGCAGCAGGGUGUGGUCAACGCUAUCAACCUGGACGGGGGCGGCUCGGCCACUUUCGUGCUCAAUGGGACCUUGGCCAAUUUCCCAUCUGACCACUGUGAGGACAACAUGUGGCGCUGUCCCCGUCGCGUGUCCACUGUGGUUUGUGUGCACGAGCCCCGCUGCCAGCCGCCCGACUGCAGUGGCCACGGGACCUGCGUGCAGGGGAGCUGCCAGUGCACUGGGCACUUUUGGCGAGGGGAGGCCUGCAAUGAGCUGGACUGCGGCCCCUCCAACUGCAGUGGGCACGGCCUGUGCAUUGAGAGUGGCUGCAGCUGCAAAGCUGGAUGGACUGGAUCCAACUGCAGUGAAGCUUGCACCAAUGGUUCCUUUGGGCAGGACUGUGCCCAGAAGUGCCAGUGUCAGAACGGAGCUGCCUGUGACCCGGUCCACGGGACCUGCACCUGCCCUCCUGGCUUCACGGGGGACCUCUGUGCACAGGAGUGUCCCCUGGGCUGGUACGGGCCUGGCUGCCAGAGCCCCUGCCAGUGUGAGCACAGUUGUCCUUGCGACCCCUACACUGGCAACUGCAGCUUCAGCUGGUCACCAGCCACGAGCAGCCUCCUCUCUCUAGCAAAGCAGUGUUUCCCAUCAUUCAAGGCAACCACAAGGGCAAGCGAACCCUCCUUCUUCACGGGGACCACUUGGCUGGUCCUCACGCUGACCCUGCUGUUCCUGCUGGUGGUGAGCAUGGCCGUGAACGUGACCUUGUUCCGAGGCUCCAGAGUGCAGCGAAACCGACACCUGGAUGGUGACUACGCCUACCACCCGCUGCAGGAGACGAACGGAGCUGCUCCAGCCACGGAGAAACAGCUGGGAGAUGCUUGCUGCCCCCGCACGGACCGAACCCUCAGGCUGACCGGGUUAGACGCCCUGAGGACCAUGCCCAUGUAUCCCGGCGGCUGCAGAGGACAUUUCACAGCCAUUGGCAAAGGCAAGUCCCAGUGGCCCCAGGGCCUCAGCCGCGUGCUUAGUCUUCCUGCUUGGAGACACAAACCGCAGCAACCUCGUGCUCCCCCAGGAGACGCCACCUCCUGCCUGAGAGGCCCGCCCUCGGGAUGCUGCAGCCUGCUGGAGAAGGGGCCCACUGUCCCCUAUUCCAAUUAUGGCCAAGUGGUCGAUCACAGCCAACACCCUUGA